CAGUCUUAAUUGAAUGCUCGGCAGCGCAACGACGACGUGUUCCGCACAGAAACCCCCAUUCAUUCCACACAUCCACACGUAUAGAAAACAUGAAGUAUCUGACUUUGCUGCUCGUUUUGGGCCUUUUGAUCGCCCUCUUUGCCGGAUCGUCGGAGGGCAGCUAUUGUCCUUGCGAUCUGAAGACCAAGGGCACUCAGGUCUGCGGCUCAAAUGGUGUCACCUUCAAAAAUCGCUGCGAGUUCGAGUGCAGCCAAAGGGAUUAUAAGAAACUUGGACGGACCCUGAACAUCAGGAAGGAUGGACCUUGCAACGAGACAAACUGAAAUAUUAUUCAACCUUCGAUCCCAACUGGAGUCAAAUACCUAAACACUGUAGUGAUGAGUGCUGUGAGAUAGUUUUUGAGAUGAUAUAAUAUGAAUAACUAUCAAAAGCUUAAUACUCUUAUUAAAACACUCUGAAAUGCUUUCUCUCGUUUAUCUGUAAUGUAUAUUAUAACCAAGAUACUCUAAACAAAUAAAGCCUUGUGUAUGUUAAUUAAAGUGAAAUUCAGUCUUGGUAGAACAUUCGGUGGAAUACGACUGCGAGCAUCGGAUAAUUUUUCAUUUUCUGAGGAAAAAUGAAGUUCUUGGCUAUGAUGGCUCUUUUGGGCCUAUUGGCUAUAUUCUUUGUGUCUUCAUCGGAGGCUAGUUAUUGCCCCUGUAAUCUUCGAAAGGCAGAGGUCUGUGGAACCAAUGGUGUGACCUAUCAGAAUCGAUGUGUUUUUGAGUGCACUCAGCGGGAAUAUAGAAAGCUCGGAAGAAUUUUGAACAUCAAAAAAAUGGGAUCUUGUCAAGCUAAUCGUUUCUCUUGAUUACGCAAUUACUUCAUAAUUCAAUU